CCCAGGUCCUUCUUAAUUGCACUUCCACUUUCUUCCUUAAUUGCCCCCCCCUCUCUCUCUCUGCAGCCACCGUCACUUCUGGAGAUUGCUCUGUGACUGUACUGAAGGCUUUCAAUGGAGGGAGCAACUAUUGUCGCGCUCUUCGUCGCAGUUGUAUCCCUUGUACUUGUAAGACCGUCAGAGUCAAGACUCAGCCUCGACUACUACAAACAUUCUUGCCCCCAGUUCACCAAAAUCAUCCAAGACACCAUCACCAACAAGCAGAUCACCAGCCCCACCACCGCCGGUGCUACCCUCCGCCUCUUCCUCCAUGACUGCCUCGCCAACGGCUGUGACGCCUCUGUCCUCAUCUCAUCCACUUUCUUCAACAAAGCUGAGCGCGACGCCGACAUCAACCUCUCCCUCCCCGGCGACGGCUUCGAUGUCAUAGUUCGUGCCAAGACCGCUCUCGAGCUCGCCUGCCCCGACACAGUCUCCUGCGCCGACAUCCUUGCCGUCGUCACUCGAGACCUCGUCACCAUGGCCGGCGGUCCCCAUUACAGUGUCUUCCUAGGUCGAAGGGACAGUCGCAUCUCCAAGGCUUCUGCUAUAGAAGGCCAUCUUCCGAAACCGACAAUGUCGAUGUCGCAAAUCAUCGAGAUCUUCGCGGCCAAAGGGUUUUCCGUCAGAGAAAUGGUGGCUCUGAGCGGAGCACACACUAUCGGGUUCUCGCAUUGCUCUCAAAUUAGCAACGACAUUUACAAUAACAGCAAGCUGUCGCAAUACGAUCCUCAAUACAACCCUCGAUUUGCGGCGGGCCUGCAGAGAGCGUGCGGCGAUUAUAAGAAGAAUCCUACCCUGUCGGUGUUCAAUGACAUUAUGACCCCCAACAAGUUCGAUAACAUGUACUUCCAGAACCUGCCGAAGGGCCUGGGGGUUUUGAAAUCGGAUCGCGGGCUGUACAACGACCCGAGAACGAGGCCGUUCGUGGAAGAAUUCGCAGUGGAUGAGAACAAGUUCUUCCAGGCAUUCGCACAAGCAAUGCAAAAGCUGAGUCUCGUUGGAGUACAGACAGGGAGAAAAGGAGAGAUCAGGCGCAGGUGUGACCAGAUAAAUUGAUUUGAUGUUAAUUAAUUCUUAAUUUGGUGGUUUGCGAGAAUCAGAUAGAAAUACUGAUACGUGUGUCUGAGUGUAGUAUGAAGGGAUGAGAGUGAUCCUGCAUGCGUGGUUUGCUUUUGUGGAAGCUGCUUUUGUUCGCGUCCAGAAUAGAUGAGUUAUGGUAUUCAAUAAAGCUCCUAACUUUUUUUGGUUUUAUUUUGGAAGCUGGCGUUUGUGUUGAUUUGAGCGAAUAAAGUUGCUAGUUUAUUAAUUGAAGUUGAUUUA